GACUGGCUAGACCACGUCACUGCUUCCUGCCUGCGAAGAGCUAUUUUAGCAUAGUGAAGCUGAGCACAGAAGAGGAAGUCUAAACCUUCUACAGAUUCGGGGCUAUGAAACGAGGAUCUCUGAAGAAACUUUGUAGUGCACAGAAGGGUUCUUAUGGGGUGCAACAACUAUUCCUAAAUUCAAUUACAACAUAAUGCCUGGAAAUCACCACCCUGAAGAAUACAGGAUUGCAUCACUGGUCUUCUACAGCUUUAUAUUCGCAGUGGGAUUGUUAGUGAAUGCCACUGCACUAUGGGUUUUCAGCUGCACUACCAAGAAGAGAACAACUAUAACUGUAUAUAUGAUCAACGUGGCACUGCUUGACAUAAUUUUUAUAUUUUCCUUGCCUUUUCGGAUAGUCUACCAUGGGCAAGAAACAUGGCCUUUUGGAGAUGCAUUCUGUCGGUUCAUCAGCGCUUUGACUGUAUUUUAUCCAGCCAUUGCUCUGUGGUUGCUUGCUUUUAUAAGCGUAGACAGAUUUAUGGCUAUUGUCCAGCCCAAGCAUGUCAAGGAACUGAAAAAUACAAAAAAAGCUCUGCUGGCUUGCACUGGAAUCUGGAUAAUGACCCUUGCAACAACUUCCCCACUGCUGUUCCUACAUUCUGAUCCAGACAAAGCCUCGAAUUCUACCACUUGCCUGAAAAUGCUCGAUAUCAUCCACUUAAGGGAAAUAAAUAUGUUGAACUUUUCUCGACUGAUAUUUUUCUUUUUGAUUCCCUUGGUUAUCAUGAUGGGGUGUUACCUCGUCAUUAUUUACAAUUUUAUCCGUGGCAAGACUUCCAAACUGAAGCCUAAGGCCAAGGAGAGAUCCAUCAGAAUCAUAGUUACUCUGAUUGCUCAAGUACUCGUCUGCUUUGUACCCUUCCACAUUUGCUUUGCCUUCAUGAUGUUGCAGAAGGAAGAUACAGCUUACAAUCCCUGGGCAGCCUUCACCACCUUCCUCAUGAACCUCAGUACCUGCUUGGAUGUUAUACUGUACUAUAUUGUCUCUAAACAAUUCCAGGCUAGAGUCAUCAGUGUAAUCCUGUAUCGCAAUUACCUUCGAAGCGUGCGCAGGAAGAGUUUUCGAACUGCAAGUGUAAGGUCACUCAGUAAUGUGAACAGCGAAAUGAUAUAAAAAGAGAAAACGGGGGGAAUUUUGUAAUGUAAACAAGUGAUUCUUUUCUCAAAUUCUAGCAUUUUGUCUACAGUGAAAAAUGUUCUAUAGCCAGAAAUAACAGAUGUUUGUUGCACUGUAACUAUGAGAGAAGUAGAAUUAUAACGGCACCUCUUCGUAUUUGCCCAACAGCUUCUGUAACUCUGAAAUGAAUUAAAACCUAGUAGCUGUGUGAAACUGUCCACCACUUUGGUCAUCUCGAAAAACUGUGAAUAUUGCCUGACAACAAAAAGUGACUA